AUGAAACUCCUCAAGAGAAACAGGACGCCAUCUCCGUUUUACAUUAAGUCUUCUGUCUCUCCACGGGAUCGCCGGUGGAUCUGGUUGCGCUGGCUGGGGUAUCUUACCUGUCUGGUCGCCGUUGUCCAAACUAGCUCAUAUCUCUUCGGGUACCCGGAGACAGACAUAAUCCAGACUGUCUAUGCUUCGUUACAGGGCCCCGGGGUCCUUCGGCCUGGUCAGUAUCAUGGGAAUGUUGGUUUGUGGGACAAGAUAGCAGGCGACCACUCACCUGAGCCAGAUGCGUUCGGCAUGGCACAUGAUCGGAGAGACAAGCGAUUCUAUCAGGGCGGUACCCUAACCCUAACUAGUAUCGAGUCUGUCAACGCCUCGCACCCAGUCCCACUUGUCUACGAUCCAUACCCAGCAUACAACAGCCGAGAAUGGAAGAAGCGAUUCUAUGGAAGGUUCCAGCCCUGCCUUGGCCCCAGGGGCCGUAAUCUCAACCGGAGGUCUGCAGAAGAUAUGAUGCAAGUCUACAAGGGUCAACAAGCCGGGUUCCCAGCAGCGCGAUUCGGAUCGUACGAGGCAUUGGGCCUAGACGAAAAUGUUUGCACAGACCGUUACUCCCGCUACGGGGCAUAUGGUUACGAUGACGAUGGCGAGGACGAGAUACCGGGCUUCACGCGCCCUCCCUCAAUUCCGUGGUGCGAGGUUGAUUGGCACAGACUGCAAAACCUCUGUCUAGAAAGAAACGCAGACAGAUACGAGUCCAUUGCGACCGCCAAUUCUUCAAAUCAGAGUCCACUAGCCUUUGACCUUCCCCAGGAUUCUCUCAAAUCACGGGAGUCACCUGCAGGUGCUUCGGGUGUGAAGCAGUACCAUCCUCGCUCGGCUGUGCUGAUUCGGGCUUGGAAUGGGCUCAAUUGGAAGCCUCACCAUCGUGAAUACCUUCGGGCCUUGAUUAUGGAACUUUCUCUGCAUUCUGGUGGGGAAUAUCAGAUCUAUCUACUGUGUCAUGUCAAGGAGGACGAGAUGCCCAUUUUCUCUGACAUCAAGACCAUCAACCGGCUCCGGAAUGCCAUCCCGAAGGAAUUUCGGAAUAUGGCUCUGUUCUUCAAUAACAAACUCUUAGAGGCUUGGUAUCCCAAGAUCGAAGAGCACAGUCCCCAACUCCAACACCACCAACCUCUGCAAAUAUUCUCCCAGCUGUACCCACACUUCGACUACUACUGGCAGCUAGAAAUGGAUGGUCGCCACACAGGACACAUCUACCAAUUCCUAGACAAAGCAGUUUCAUUCGCACGCCAACAACCCCGCAAAUACCUCUGGGAACGCAACGCCUACUUCUACACCCCCGGCGCACACGGCAACUGGAGCGAAUUCAAACAAAUGGUACACGACAGCCUAUCUGACAGGUCCAACCUUACAAUCUGGGGCCCAGUAUCCGGCACCGGGAUCAGACCAAUGGGUCCAGUCCCACCAGUGCCAUCCCCAGACUAUGACAAUUACACCUGGGGUGUCGGCGAAGAAGCAGACUUCAUAACCUUCCUGCCAACAUUCAACCCGCAAGGCACGCAAUGGACAUUCCCCGACAAGGUCUGGAACUUCAGAUACGGCCAGUACACGCCGCGCCGCGCCGCGGUCAUCACCAUGGGCCGGUACUCCAAGCGUCUACUCGAUCUGAUUCACAACGCGCAGGCGACGAAGGGUCUCGGACUUGCGUCGGAAAUGACAGGUGUGUCAUGGGCUCUGUUCCACGGCCUCAAGGCUGUGCAUGUUCCUCACCCUAUCUAUGCGGAUGGCCAGUGGACGCCGAAAGAACUCGCGCGCAUCUACAACCCCGGUCCACCGGAGAAUGUUAAUGGGGCUCCGGAUAGUAUCUGGAAUUUCGAUCAUAUGUUUGACCAUAUCAUGUACCGGCUGUCGUAUAUGUUUACGACGCAUAGUGCGGAAGAUUUGUACAGGCGUUGGCUGGGGUACAGGACUGCGGAGCACGAGGGCGGGAAAACAAUAUCCGAGGAUCGCUACGGUCGACAUUGUUUCCCGUCUAUGUUUCUUCAUACGAUCAAGAACACGGCUCCACAAAUGGGCCCAGACAGGGCUGUUCCAUGA